AUGUCUAAAUUUGGAUCAACUGAAAAAUGUAUUGUUUGCACUAAAACUGUAUACCCAUUAGAAAAAUUAGCAGCUGAUGAAAAGAUUUACCAUAAAUCUUGCUUCAAAUGCACUGAAUGUAAUUCAAUUCUCUCUUUAGGAAAAUAUGCAAGCAAAGAUAAUGGUACUCUCUUCUGCAAAGUUUGCUUCAAAAAAUUAUUCUUUAGCAAAGGUAAUUACUCUGAAGGUUUUGGUCAACUCAAACCACAACAUGAAUUCGAAAAGAAGAAAAAUGGUGGUGAAAACAAAGAAGAAAUCACUCCAAGUGAAGUUGAAGUUGCUGCAUCUUCAUAA